GAAACGGACGUGUCCUUCGUCUGGGCAGCUUCUUCCUGACCAAACUCUGGAGCGAUGCGGACCUCGUCAGCAUCGGGGAGCUUCAGCUGCUCUGGAUGGACAGCCGGGGGCCUAAUCAACCCCUGGCGUCUUUGCGGCUCUACUUUUUGCCGGAGAACACCCCGGAUGGACGAAGGGACACGCACGGAGAGGACGAAGUGCUGACGAUAUCAGAAAAGGUGGUGGUCCGCGUCCACGACCUGGUCACAUGGUUAUCGCCCACGCUGGAAUGGUCAUGGGGUCGGGAGGUAUCUUACCCAUCGACACCGACGUCCUCACCGGAGUGCAGCCCGCUAAGGUACGAGAUACCUCAACCACAAGUGCUCACCGACCCUGGCAUCGAUUUCUCAGACGUCGAUAAGCAACAGAAGGAAUACGAAAGCAAUCAUAGCACGAGGAAAACAGAUUGUACCUCCCAGACGAAGGUGGUGGUGCUCUCGUACCCCAGGUACUGUCGAUAUCGAGCGCUGCUACGUAGGCUCGAAGGUGCCGAACCGUCCUGGCUUUGCUCGUCUAUAGCGGCUGCUCUGGGUGGAUUUACCGCCACACCGGGUACCAGGAUACUCUUCUGCAGAGACACCUUCGACUAUCCAGAUCUGGAGACUCACGAACUUCUUUGCAACCAUCUAGCGCCAAAAUUAAAAGGACGACCGCGGAGGAAACGCAAAAAGCGCAGCGCGUCGCCAGGUGAAUCGAGCAACGAGAGCGAGGCCUCUGUCGCAUCCACCUCGAAGAGCGUGCCAGCAAGUUCGAACGUCGUGGUACCAAGCGUUGGCAGGCCGCCCUCGUCGGUGGUUCGACGGAGCGAGCGGAAAACUAGCGCGGAGGAAAAGAAGUUCCUCACGGACGUGCAGAAUUUCAUGAACUCGCGGGGUACGCCUGUCGGAAAGAUGCCACUGCUGGGCUACAGGCAGAUUGAUCUCUUUCUGUUUUAUACGAAAGUGCAAAUGCUCGGUGGCUACGACUCUGUCAGCGCUGGUCGACUUUGGAAGAACAUCUACGACGAUAUAGGUGGUAACACCGGAUCUACCAGCGCUGCCACAAUCACUCGUCGACAUUACGAAAGGUUGCUGUUACCCUAUGAAAGGUAUCAAAGGGGAGAAGAAGCAAAAGUUAGACUGACACACGGAAGACGGACUAAGAGUAGCAGUGUAUCCGAGGAGUCUGAGGAUGUUAAGCAAGAAACGAACGAACAAUAUCCAUCAGAAACGCCUCCAUCUGUGGAAACGAGUCUCAGUCUUACCGCUGCUACUCCUCCCCUUCAACUAAUUUUGUCGACAACACCGUUCUAUUCAGGCGAAAAACCCAAGUCAGAUAGUGUCAAGACCUCGUCUCUGCGUAGCGUACGAGUAAAGCCAGAACGGCUGAAAUCAUUAAACACCAUGAUCGCCAAUAGUACACCAUCACCCAGCCAGCAAGCCAGCCAACUGCCAAGUCCACCACCCUCUUCUAAUACGUCAAUUUCAACACCAAGCAGUACACCCUCCACCACACCCACGAAUGGUACUGGAAGUCAAAGCGUGUUAGAGAGGCAGCUGAACAGUCCUCUGAUAUCGCAACAAGUACCACCGUCGUGUUCGCCGCCGGCUCUACCGGUAACCACAGUGGCAACGAAUGCUCCUACAGUAGUAACAUUAACGCCUCCGCCGGAGAAAGACAUGAAGGAAAUCAAACUGGAUCCUAAACAGACCACCCUGCUGGCACAGGGCAAGGAGAACAUCCCGUUGUUUGGCGAGAAGUCCAUUUUCGCGGAGAAGGCGAUAGUACCUCCGAGAUCACCAGAGGUGAUCGAUUUAGAGACGGAGAGCGACACAAGUAGGGAUAAGAUAAUCAUUCCCAGUUUCAAGAAGCGUAAGUUGGAGAUCCUUCGUGAGGGUGGCCUCGAAGUCACUGCCGUUGACCUAGACACGCGGCCCAGUGUGAUCCAAAGCAAUCCCCCUGCUCCGGCGACCAUGAAGUCCGAGGAAAAACCGCCAAUAUCCUACCCUCUUCCAGUCACGCCUAAUUCCAUUCCUAAACUAAUUUCCGUCACCGUGACACCUGACAUCGGGCACAUGUUGUCUUCACUUCAAGAACACCAGCAUCCUCAUCAUCAAGCACGGUUACCAACACCGAACAAGCAACCUCCAGCUCAUAAUAAUAAUAAUAAUAGUAAUAAUAAUAAUAAUAAUAAUAAUAAUAUGAUGAAUAACAACAUGGUGAACAGCCGUGUGAUAAACCUUGGUACUUCGAACAACGCGGCAUUGUUACAAUUGUACGCGAACGCGAACGUUCCGCCUCCGACGUCGUCGUCGAUGCACCAUCAAGCAAAUCAUCGUUUCGUACCGCCAACUGUAUCUAAUGGUAGGAUAUUUCCGCCUAAAGUGACACAGUCGAGGUCGAUAUUCGCACACAACGAAAAGACGGUUUACGGUGAUCCUAAAGAGAUCCCCGUCCCUCCAAAGUAUCGUCUCUCGCUGCAACACCGUCUGCAGCCCCAUCAGUUACACAAUAAUAAUGACCCGGCGUACGGUGUUCUCGACUUGACGCAAAAAUCGGCCGACAAGCCGGUGUUCCCGAGGCCGAGCCUAGAAAUAGUAAAAGUACCUGUAGUGCCGAGGCCUAACCCACUCAACCUGGAGAUGAGGAACUCGUCCACGAUCAAAGAGAAACCAACAGACUGUUCAAAACGAAGUACCUUUCCUGGUUACCAGAACGUGCUCGACAGUCGAACCAUGGCUUCGAAUAACCUGGAGAUCACUAUCGUGAACCCUAAGCAGAAGAACAAUCACAUAGGUGUACCGCCGCCCCCACACGUGCGUGUGCCGAGUCCACCUAGGAACAAUUCGAUACCUAUGCAAAGAAGGCAACAGUUGAACGGCAAGUAUACGACGAGGAGCGAACCAGUCUCACCCUACACACCCAGGAAGCCCAGUCACCCUGUUAUACCCAACGUACCUAACCUAAAUCACCUAAACAGUGCGAGCUACCCUAGAAUGGCAACUAUGCAACAACAGAAUACCAUCGACAGGAGAAAAAACACGGAAAUGAGCGGAAUCAAGGAGCAGCAUCAACAUCAUUCGCACCACCAACACCAUCAGCAUCAACAUCAACAUCAACAUCAACAUCAACAACAGCAGCGGCGAAUCAGCGAGGGCGACAAGUCGUUGUUCACGCAGCAACAACAGCAGCAGCAGCCACAACAGCAACAACAGGAACCCAGGCAAACGGAGGCUGGAAGACGACACAGUGUUCCAAGUAUACCCUCUGGUUUUGUGCCUGCGGUACCACAAAAUAAUCCAGCCUUCCUCCCGCAACUGCCAAACACGACCGGCAAGUUCCUACCGAUUUUGGACCCCAUGUACUAUUCCGCAUUCUACAACGGUUUAUUCCCGCCGCCGAUUCCGCCCACGGCCGCCACGUCGUUCUUACCGCCGGAAUUCAGCGCAUACUACAAAGAAUUAAUCGCUUCCUCGCAACCAAGACUGGGGAUGGCGGGGCAGCAUCAGCCGGCUGCCCCAACGUCUAAGUAGACAAAAACGGGAUCUCACAUUUGUAUAGGGUUAUCAUCCGGUGUGUAGCGCCGGUUUUUUCAAAUUUCUAAAGACAAGAUCCGUCGGAUUUUAUUCCUCGCUUUCGAAUUCUAUUUUCGAUCGAACCACUCUAGAGAAGAGGGACUUUGUAUUUCAUACAUUGUAUUUCAAUAGGAAAUGAUUACUGAUCGCGAUUCAAGGAGGCCGUGUAUUUACGUUAUCGUUUUAAGGAUUUUUUUCAUGUUUUUUUCACAAUACUUCUUCUUGGAUGUUCGAUCGUGAAUGAGAUAUAAAUGUAGGGAGAAGAGUACAGUUUUCGUUUUGAGGAUGGGAGAAGUGUAGUAGGUGGAGACUGGCCGAAAAAGAGAGUUCAGAGGGUGAACGAAGAUAGAUGAUACAGUGAAGCAAAAUUGUAAGUGUGUACAUGCAUAUACCAUGCAAUAAAUUAGGUAAUAAUUUUUUAUAU